GAUUAGUCUGUUAGAUUUAAAGUCCUUCAUAAAAGAAGUCAGUGAUUUUCAAACGGAAAAAAUUCUUGUUUCAUGGGUUGAUGAUAAAAUGUCUAAUUAUUGUGACUGGGAGAGAGUUCAAUGCAAUGCCACUACUGGACGUGUUAUCAAACUUUCCCUUAAUGAUACAAGGCAAUUUAGUCAAUAUUACUCUCUUGAUAGACUUCCUACUCUAAAUUUAUCCUUGUUUCAUCCUUUUGAAGAGUUGAAAAGUCUUGAUUUAUCUUACAAUUUCUUUGAAGGUUGGCACGAGAAUAGAGCAUAUGAUGGCUUCAGGUGUUUGAAACAGCUCAAGAUCUUGGAUCUUAGUUACAAUUACUUCAACGCCACUCUUUUACCAUACUUGAAUAACUUAACUUCACUUACCACUUUGAAUCUUGGAUGGAAUAAUAUGGGAGAAGGUUUGAAAUCGGCCAAACAAGGUUUAGCAAAUUUGUCAAACCUAAAAGUAUUAAAUCUCGAUUGGAAUCGAAUCAAUAACUCUCUAUCAAGCCUAGGAUUAAAAAUGUUGAGAAACUUGGAAGAGUUGGAUUUGAGUGGUAAUGGAAUGAGCGGCUCUCUAACAUUGCUAGGUUUAGCAAAUUUGACAAACUUGAAAAGCUUGGAUCUAAGUAAUAAUCAAAUUAGCACUUCUCUAGCAAGUUUAGGUUUACAAAAUCUAAAAAACUUGGAAGAGUUGAAUAUGCUAAAUAAUGGAAUGAGCGGUUCUCUUACUUCGCUUGGUUUAGCAAAUUUGACAAACCUAAAAGUAUUAAAUCUCAGUUGGAAUCGAAUCAACAACUCUCUAUCAAGCCUAGGAUUAAAAAUGUUGAGAAACGUGGAAUGGUUGAAUUUGAGUGGUACUCGAAUGAGCGGCUCUCUAACAUUGCUAGGUUUAGCAAAUUUGACAAACUUGAAAAGCUUGGAUCUAAGUAAUAAUCAAAUUAGCACUUCUCUAGCAAGUUUAGGUUUACAAAAUCUAAAAAACUUGGAAGAGUUGAAUAUGCUAAAUAAUGGAAUGAGCGGUUCUCUUACUUCGCUUGGUAACAUUAAUGACAACCAAUAUUUGUCAAAGUUUUAGAUCAAAAUUUUAAAGUUACAAUCAUUUGGUAUCAAUUAUUUUAAUAAUUUUAUCCAUUGCUUUAACACUUUGAAACCCUUAAUUUAACAACCUUGGAGAUAUUGGAUCUAAGAUAUAAUAGCAUAAGCAGCGAUCUAACAAAAUCGUGCUUUGUAUAUUUCAUAACAUGUACUUUGAUGGUUUGUUUUUUGGA